AUGAUUGGACGUACAGUAAGUCAGGCUAAGAACACCUUGCAAAACCAGAUAAGCUCUCUAAAGGGCAAUGGUAGCAGAGCUAUCAGGUCUUUCAAGCAACAAGACCAACCUCGCCUAAGAAUAAAUUCAACUGCCCCUGACUUCACAGCUGAGACAACUGCGGGUGAAUUAAACUUCUACGACUAUCUAAGCAACUCUUGGGGUGUUUUGUUUUCGCAUCCUGCUGAUUUCACCCCAGUGUGUACUACAGAGCUUGGUACCUUUGCUAAGCUAAAGCCAGAGUUUGACAAGCGCAAUGUUAAACUAAUUGGUUUGUCUGCAGAGGGUGUUCAAAAGCAUCACGACUGGGUCAAGGAUAUUGAAGAAGUUUCUCAGUUGGACAGCUUUACCUUCCCAAUCAUUGGCGAUGUUAACAGAGAGGUCUCCUUUUUGUAUGAUAUGGUUGACGAGGAAGGUUUUAAGAACCUAAGCGGUGGUCUAGUGCAAACUAUCCGUUCAGUCUAUGUCAUUGACCCUUCAAAGAAGAUCAGAUUGAUUUUCACAUACCCUGCUGCUGUGGGUAGAAACUCCCUAGAGGUGCUCAGAGUUAUCGAUGCUUUGCAGAAGGGAGAUGAAAAGGGCGUUGUCACUCCAGUUGACUGGAAAGAGGGCGACGAGGUUAUUAUCCCACCUUCUGUUUCUGACGAAGACGCCAAAGCCAAGUUUGGUUCUUUCCGCACUGUGAAGCCAUACCUACGUUUUACAAAAGGCUGA